AACGAAGAUCUUACGGGUAACGACGUAAGGCUGAGUAAUGAAAGAAUUUUUCAUUUUUGGAUAAGCUAUCCCUUCAAUUGCAUAAAUAUUUGUCAAAAAAAUCAGCAAAUAAUAAAAUCUAGGUCUCAUGGAAGACGCAUCUAGGAUAUUGUGAUCCGUCUGGAAUGUGAUAAGAGUGGAUAGUUGAUAUCUUCUGGAGCACAGAUGGCAUGUUUUUUUCCUCUAAAACUUCUCCAAAAGUGUCAGCAAUACUUUCCGUGAAUAGCCCAGUAUGACUUCUAUCCCACAACCCACAGGCUUGAGAAAACCUCAAACUUCCCAGAUUGCAAGAUUUGGGUUUGACCUCUGUGUAAGCAGUCUUUAGCUUCCACUUGCCUGCCACGCCAGUUUAGGCAGCACGCAAGUGAUGAUCUGAACAGCCGAUCCGUUUGCCGUUAAUGUUACACCGAUGUUUCUAAUGACUCUGAAAUCCCAUAUGUUCAGCCAGCACAUCACAGACCAUGACAAUGCAGCUUUCACCGGGGAUAGCAAGAAGAUACGGUGUAAUUUUAGGAGCCUUCGGCUGGUGCCGGGUAACCUGCUCUGAUCCACAUGGCUGAUACCAGCUCUUAGCGGAUUUAAGCGGUUCAUGGACUUUACACGCACACAAACAUCUCAGCAGACCAUAUUCACUGCAUGUUGGUUGGACUCCCAUUUGCAAUACUCACAAUACAACACAAAACAUUCAAACGAGGAUUUUUCUGUAACGAUGACUCUAUCAACUACCCAUUUAAAGAAGACACCAUUUCCUAUCAGUUAUUAGGAGGAGUAAUGAUUCCUAUCACUGUGCUUACUAUGAUCAUAGGGGAGUGCCUUUCAGUCUAUCUAAACCGCAUCAAAUCAAAGUCGUUCUGCAACAGUUAUGUGGCCUGUGUCUAUAAGGCCAUUGGCACCUUCUUGUUUGGUGCCGCCAUGAGCCAAUCACUCACUGACAUUGCCAAGUAUUCCAUCGGCCGGCUGCGGCCACACUUCCUGAAUGUGUGCAAACCAGACUGGACAAAGAUCAACUGCACAGGAGGGGCUUACAUUGAGGACGACUUUUGCACUGGGGAAAAAGACAAGGUCAAUGAGGGAAGACUCUCCUUCUACUCAGGACACUCCUCAUUCUCCAUGUACUGUAUGCUGUUUCUGGCACUUUAUCUUCAAGCAAGAAUGCAAGCUGAAUGGGCACGGCUCCUUCGACCCACGCUCCAGUUCUUCCUGAUCGCCGCCUCCGUCUAUACAGGACUGUCUCGUGUCUCAGACUACAAACACCAUUGGAGUGAUGUACUUGCAGGACUCAUACAAGGAGCCAUCGUGGCUUUACUAGUGGUUUUCUUUGUGUCGGAUUUCUUCAAAAAGAAAGUCGAACCACGGAAAGAAGCAGAGAUCCCACACACCACCUUACAAGAGACGCCUACAAAUGGAAAUCAUUAUGAAAACCCGAACUAAGCUAUCAUGAACCUCUGAUGAUGGGAAGGGGUUUCAACGUGCACCCACUACGAGGGCAGACCACUAGGGUGGAAACCUGUGAAUGUAACCUUGCUUUCUAUGUUCUCCAGAUGUCCCUUUUUGGGGGAUCUCUCUAUGGACGCUGUCCCACGUUGCCUUGGCUGGACUGCUUCUGCUGCUAUCACAGCUUCCUGUGUAUCUCCAAAAACUAAUAUAAGUGUACCUCUAUUAAGCCACAAAAGAAAAACCUUUUUUUUUAUCUGUAUGAAAAAAAAAAAAAAGAAAAAAAAAAAAAAAGAAA